AAGCUUUCAGUUUUGCCCGCCAGAGCUUCUUAUGGCGCUAGCUCUCUUAUUUUGAUUCCAAGUAUUAUUAUACGAAUCUGAAAAUCUAGAAGUGUUAAUAUAUUAUAUACUAGAUUGCUGUUGUUUUGAACUUUUGAAAUUUAAAAACAGCGAUUUAAUAAAAAUGUGUGCAAAAAUGGCUUUUCAGCACCAAGCCGGAACGGCUAUGGAGUGCUUGAGUAUCCCAAUAACUCUGCAAAAGGAAGUUUGUGGGGAUCAGAUGCGUUGUGGUUUUAAGAUUGGUGGUGGAAUUGAUCAAGACUAUAAUAAAAGCCCUCAGGGAUACACAGAUAAUGGUAUUUAUGUGACGGAAGUACAUGAAUCAAGCCCAGCCUCUCGAGCAGGUUUAAGGGUUCAUGAUAAAAUACUUCAGUGCAAUGGAUAUGAUUUUACAAUGGUGACCCACAAAAAAGCAGUGAGCUACAUAAAGAAGAACCCAACCUUAAGUUUACUUGUAGCACGUAAAGGGGUUACCUCAACCUAAGCAUAAUUUGUUUACUUCGGUAAUCAUUCCCUUAUCAUGUUUUGUAUGUUACCAUAUUUGUUUUUAUUUUAAAAACUUUUAAUAUUGUUUUGUAAAUUGCAAUACAAUAUUUACACUUUCACUUAAGUCAUCAUAAGUUUUAAUUGAACAUCUUAGUAAUACAUUAUUUAAUUAUAUAAUAAAUUAGUUUUUAUUUUAAUACACAAUUUUUGUGGUAAAUGUUUCAUACACUAUACAUUUAUAAUACAUAUUUACUUAAACCUUGUGAAUACAUAAUUGCAAAUUACAAAACAGUGCUGUUUUAAAAAAAAUAUUAUAAUUAUACUUAUACUUAAGAUAAGCUUAUUUUCUAGAAAUAAUUUUAAGAUAAAAUAUACGUUGUUUUUAAAAAUGGGGUGCUAAAAGUGAAACAAUUUUUUUUUAAUAUUAUGUCCAUAACGUGAAAAGUAUUAUAUUGUCAGCGGUUUUUAUGAAGCUUUCCCAGACCGAUGGCAGGCAUUUUUGCGGAAACUAAAUUUGAUGAGUUUACUUACCUCUAAAUAUUGUAAGCACAUGAUUAAACAUGCUUUACUUCCCGUAAAAAAUUGCGUGUAUGUCAGAAGGCUGCCAAACUCUCGUUACUCGUACCAUACUUUGCCCCGCCUAUGCGCUCCCGCUAAGAAAACCUAGCAGCUCAAAUCUAUAAUUUGGCCGUUGUAAUAAUGAAGUCAGGGUACCAUUUUUUUUAUGUUAUAUUGAAGCACUUUUUUUGAUUUUUAAUAAUUUUUGACUUGUGUAUAUGGUUACAGUAAAGUUUCUUACAAGACUAUCAUACAGAAAAGGAUUAUUUUCUUUAAUAAUUCUUCACAAGAACUCGACUUCUGUCUUUUGCAGUUAAUUUGAGUUUCUUUAUAAGAAUUGCUAUGGCGUAUUUAUGAUAAUUGCGAAAAUAUUGAAAAACAAAAUUUGAAGCUAAUCAUAACUUAUUUAUGUUUUAAAAAUAUUCUAUUUAUUUUGACAUAUUUAUUAAGUGUUAUAUAGUCGUCGCAUUUAUAUUUUAUUUAAGUUUAAAUAGUGUUAGUACUAAUAAUAUAUAAGUAUGGUUAAGUUUCAAGUUGAUAACACAAUUUUUUAAACUAUUUUAUACAGAGUAAAUUAGAAAACAUUUGAAAGUAGACCUAGGGCCGGGCUUUGAAUUCGUAACCUUAAGCUAUCUAAAUAUUGAUUAGUUAUUUUAUAUUGAAUUCUGACAAAAAUAUUAUAUUGAAAUCUGUUAUGUUAGAACAUAAUAUGGAGAUAUACAAACGUUUAAAUUUCUUCCGUUACCUUAUGCCGAAUAUUUAUAUUAUGUUCCACCACAUAUUUUUACAGGCUUAAAACAGGUAUUUCUUAUUUUAUUACUGUAACACGUUUAAUUUUAAUAAUUUUAUUAUAUAAAUGUAUAUAACAUAAGUAAAAUUUGUAUUGUUGUGACGAAUUCAUAAUUAGUUACUUAUUUUGUUGGGUAUUUUGGUUGGGUAUAUUAUAGUAAAAAUCAAUUUAGAAAAAACACCCUCUUACACCCUCAAAUAUUAAAAACAAGAAAAUAUUUACGUAUAUAAAAUAAAUCUUAGAUCUUUAACGACACCUUUCGUUAUGUUUAAUUUAAUGAAGUUCAAUAAAUGUUAAAUACAAUAAUUUACUUGAGGUAUAAUAGAAGAUGAGGCUUCAUCUAUCGAUCUCUGAGCUCGUUUCUUUUUUUUAUUAUCCUAGGCUAACUUUAUUUUAAAUAUUGAAAUUGAACAUAAUGAAAAAACCUAUUUAUUUAAUAAAAAUACCUUAGAACAUUGAAAGGCUAGAAUUAGUAAACAACAACUUUGUUUGAGUUCAAGGGGCAAAGGGGGUGUUUUGUUUACAAACAUAUUCACCGAUUCUCUGUUGUCAAGUUUACACGCAUUUUCAGCUAUACAUAUAAUAAUGUUAAUUUAACAUAUGCAGCAAACACACGCAGGCUGAUGUCAUAUUGACAAACGGCUUUAUGUUUCUUUCGGAAUUUGUGAAGUUCUGUGUUUUUCUUUAGUUUUUGGGUCAAAAAGGUUGAGUCAUUUCAGUGUUUUUGUAAACUCCUACGAUAGUAAAAACUUUUGCCGUUUGUGACGCACCAUGGGAAAAGGGCGAUUUAAACCCAUGUUUUCGCAAGUAAAUACCGAUAUUGUCGUAACAUUAUAUCAAAAGACAACCGUCGUCAGAAACGUAGAAUAAUAAAAACUUAUCAAGAAAUCUAUAAUUAUAAAAUAUUUAAUUGCCAUAAAAAUGUUUUUUAAUAGAUUUACUGUAAUGAAGUACGUUAAAAAAAACGCAGAAAGAGUUCAUAAACGGUAAUAUUGUUUAUAAUUUAAAGCAUUAUCUAUUAAUAAUAAAUAUUUAUGAUGUAAAUAUUUUUUGACGAAGUCACUGGUAAAGAUUUCUUGUGUCGGUGGAAUCAAGAAUGCGAUCGAGCGGCGUUGCGAUGUUUUUGCCUUUUUCUCUAAUCUACGUUAUCUACAUUCGUUUAACUUUGAAUGUUUCUUUAUUGAGUAUCUUAUCAUAUUUUAUGAAAAAAAUAUGCUUCAUAUUUUUUUAAAGAGGAAUAGUAUUCUUUUGCGCCUGUCAAAAUAAGUGAAAAAUUUUUCUGAUAUUUUAAAGUGUUUUUUUUUUGCCAUUUCUACAUAAGCGUUUGGCAUCAUUGCAUCAGAGAUGUUGCAACCAAACAAACUGCCCAUAGUUCCACGGCAAUGCCUUUUAAUGUUCUAAGAAAAAUCCCUAAUUUGAACCAACGAUUUAGUAAUUCUAUCUACUACCAAAUAAAAAUAUCAAUAAAUAUACUUAUAUUUUAAAUAAAUAAAUAGAUUUUGCACCGCCGCUAAAUCGAUUUUAGCUUUACCUUUGACCUUUUUUUUUAUAAAUGAUUCUUAAUUCGAAAAUAGUUAGAAUACUUUUGUUACAAUUUGACGAUUGACUGAUCCAUCCAUGAAAAUAAAUCAAUCGUCAAAUUAUAAAAAAGUAUUCUAUCUAUUUUCGAAUUAAGAACCAUUUGAAAAAGAAAGGUCAGGCGGGAAAUUGGAAAAUAUAAGCAUAUUUGUUCAUACUUUUAAUUUUAUUUUAUUUACCUUGAUAACGGUAGUAGACAGAACUACUGAAUCGUUGGUAAAAUUUAGGUCGGUCAAAUCAAAUUAGGUAUUUUUAUUAAAUAAAUGGGUUGUUUCAUUCUGUUCAAUUUCAAUAUUUAAAAUAAAGUUAGAGCUGAGAGAUCGAUAGAUGAAGCCUCAGCUCCUGGGUAUAUAAAAAACCCUAUUAUAACUUAAGUAAAUUAUUGUAUUUAAGAUUUAUUGAACCGACAUUAGAUUAAAUAUAACGAAAGAUUUAUGUUCGUAUUUCUUUUAAAUACGUCAGUAAGUCUAUAUUCUUCAUUUUUAUAUUUGAGCGAGAGAAAUUGAUUUUUACUAUAAAAGUGACGUAAUACGCAACAAAAUAAGUAACUAAUAUAUAAAAUGUAUAAGGAUAAAAGGGGUUGAGACGUCCCAGUGAAAUGUUGCAUGUAGUACAGUUUUGUAAAUUAGAUUUUAAGUAAGUUCUUUUGGGUGAUGUUUAUAUAAUACAGUAAUAAAUAACGUAAGUAAUAGAGAAACUUACCUCAGAUAUGUAUAUUCCAACGCGAAUAAUAAGAUAUAACCUUUAUUAUUAAUAACAGCAUUACAACGUUUUGCCAAGUAUACUUUGGACGACACGCUACAUCUGUUAAAAAGUGAGUCAUUAAUUUACAGAGCUUCUUAUAGAUGUAAGUCAUGUACAGUGCCGGCCAAAAGUGGAGAAACUUUUUAUUUUUAUGACAUUUUUAUGCUAUAAUACAAAAUGUGGAUAAAAGCACUAAUACUUUGUGGCAUAACCGUUAUUCUUCACAACUUCACUACACCGUCUUGGCAUAGAUUCAAGAAGAUUGUGUAUAAUAUCUCCGGAAAUUUCACUCCAUGCUUCUUUUAGGAAUAAUUCGUCUUUAUUUUGGAUUUUUUUGUCGAACUUUUUUGUUUAGGUGCUCCCAAAAGUUCUCGAUGGGAUUUAAAUCUAGACUUUGAGCUGGCCACUUCAGAACUUGAAUUUGUUGAGAGGUUAGGAAAUUUUUAACAAUUUUAGAAGUGUGCUUGGGAUCGUUAUCAUGCUGGAAUUUCCAAAUUAACGGCAUAUUAUACUCGGCGUAGGGAAGCAUAUUAUUCCUUAAGAUGUUUAGAUAAUAUUGGCUAUUCAAGAUCCCAUCUAUUCUCACCAGUGGACCAACGCCAUGCCCGGAAAAACAUUACAAAGAACAAACACAAAACACCUCACACCAACACAUUCCCGCCUCCAUGUUUGAUUGUGGGAAUAGUGUACUUUGGGUUGACAUUUUCAUUCUCGGGACGUCUAACCCAUCUCAUACCAUCUGACCCAAAUAAAUUGAACUUACUUUCAUCUGACCAUAAAACGUUUUUCCAUUGAUUAUAGGUCCAAUGUAAGUGUUCUUUUGCGAAUCUUAAACGAAUUUGUAUAUUUUUCGUUGAAAUGAAAGGUUUUUUACCGGUCUCCUGGCUUUUAAGUUGGCGUCACUUACACGUCUUCGAAUAGAUCGAACUGAAAGGGAAAUGCUGAGAUAUGCCUUUUUUAUAUCUUCGGCGGAGAAAAAUGGAUUUCUUCUAGAACAUCGUCUAAUUAGCUUGUCAGUUGCAGAUGUUGUUUUUUUUGGGUCUACCUGGCUCAGAGAUGCUAGCAGUAGUGCCUCUAGUUUGCUACAAUUUGAUUUAUUUACAAAUGACACUUUUAUGAAGAUCAAGUUCUCUAGCGAUUGUUACUUGUUUCACUCCCGCAUUGUGCUUCUCAAUUAUAAGUUUUUUUAUUUGUUCAGUUAAAUUUAUACCUCGAGGCAUUUUAAUACUAAAUAGGCUUCUUCACAAUCGAAAACGAACUGCUGCAAACGAGACCUAUUUAAUUUAAAAUAUGUAAUACAAAAAGUUUCUCUAUUUAUGUCCUCAAGUAAAAAAAACCAUGUUUACUAUUUACACUCCUGUGAUAAAUAUUCAAACUGUUUUGGUAUGAAUUUAUGGCUUAGGCUAAGAUAAACAUGUUUAAUACAUGGUGUCACAAAAAUUUUGAAUAGAUUAUUAAAUUAGAUAAUAAAUUAAAAGUUUCUCUACUUUUGGCCGGCACUGUAUAUCUAUAAUUCUAUUAAUAACAAAUAAUUAUUAAUAACAAAAAAUUAGAUUAAUGACCAGAGAAUUUUUAAUCAUACUCAGUUCAGACGAGAUGCGUUCGGGUAAAACUGUUCUGGUUUAAACAUGUCUAUUUUUUUCGAAAAAUCCUAAUAUCUUGCAAAGUUAGAAAUUCCUGAAAAAAAUGUUUUACUUUUUUCCACUACUUUAUAUACUAAUUUUUUUUAAAUUCCAAUUCUUUAUAUACAUUAGCUAAUAAUUUUCAAACGGCUGGGUAUUUUUAAAUUUUUUUAGGUCAUUAAUAUUAAAGUGCUAUCAUUAGAAAAAAAAACAUUAUGCAAUAAAAAAGAGGCAAAAUACA